UUGAUGAAAAUGGCUGAUGGCAAAGAGGACCCCGCCGUGUUCACCUCCACUUCUCUGCCCUCAGACCCACGGCUGCUGGCUACGGUGACUAAUGCUUACCUGGGCACCCGUGUAUACCGGGACAUCCUCCACAUCAACGGUGUGUACAAUGGGGCGGUGGGAGACACGCACCGUGCCGACAUCCCCAGCCCUGUUAAUGUUAGGAUGAUGGUGCCUGGUGCGGACAGCCUGGCUGAGACCUUCACCUUGAACACCUGGACAGGAACCUUCAGCCAUGUGCUUCAGGCAACAGAUUAUGGAGCCACCCAUCAGAUCUAUGCUCACCAUUCCCUUGUCCACUUGAUGGCCUUCAGCAUCACCAUCUGGCGAUCAGCUCACACCACCCAACCCAUCACGGUCCAGCUCCAGACUCCUUUUGUGCCAAAGAGCCAGGACUUGGACCUGAACCAAGGACCAGAUUUCCAAGGAGCACAAUACAUCUACGGGAAGACGCUGGUUCCUGAGGUGGAGGGGGGACCCCGUCCCACAGUUCACAUGCUCUGGACUCCUGUGCCGCAAACCUUGACGUUGCAUGGGGAGGAGCGGGAGCGAUCCUGGGAGUUCCUGAUUGCCGUGGCUGAGAGCGAAGAGGAGGCAAAGAGGAGCUACAGUGAAGGGCUGGCCCUCAUCGCUGCUGGCUCCCUGCACUCCUCCCACAUCCAUGCGUGGGCCAUGCUGUGGCGAGGCUGCUGCAUAGACCUGGAUGGACCUCUGCCUUUGAGGCAGGCCCUCUACGGGUGUCUCUACUACCUGCUGAGUGCCAUCCCACCCCAGGGAAACCCAGGCUUCCUCUUCCAUGGCAUCAGCCCUGGUGGCUUGUCCAAUGGCACUCAGGGCGAGGACUACUGGGGGCACGUCUUCUGGGACCAGGACACCUGGAUGUUCCCAAACAUUCUGCUGUUUUAUCCUGAAGCUGCCAGAGCCAUCCUGGAGUACCGGAUUCGCACACUGGAAGGGGCCUUACGCAAUGCACAGGAGCAAGGCUACAAGGGUGCUAAGUUCCCAUGGGAGAGCGCAGCCACCGGCCGGGAAGUCUGCCCUGAAGAGAUCUAUGGAGCCCAAGAAAUCCAUGUCACUGGGGAUGUUUUGAUGGCCUUUGAGCAGUAUUAUUGCACCACGCAGGACCAGAAGCUAUUCAGGGAGGAUGGAGGCUGGAAGCUGGUGGAUGCUGUGGCUCAGUACUGGUGCAGCAGGAUGGUAUGGAGCGAGGAGGAACAAUGCUACCACAUCAAAGGUGUCAUGCCCCCAGAUGAGUAUCAUUACCGGGUUGAUAACUCUGUUUACACCAACGCCGUGGCCCAGCGGAGCUUAAAUUUUGCAGCUGAUAUUGCUCGGGACUUCUUGAUCCCUGUGCCAGAGGAGUGGGUGGACUGUGCCAAGAAAAUCAAAGUGCCCUUUGAUGCAGAGAAGAAAUAUCAUCCUGAGUACGAUGGUUACAGCCCAGGUGAACCUGUGAAACAAGCUGAUGUUGUCUUGCUUGGAUUCCCACUGAUGUACCCCAUGAGCUCUGAAGUCCGGAGAAAUGACCUGGAGAUGUAUGAGCCCAUCACUGAGCUGGAUGGGCCAGCCAUGACCUGGAGCAUGUUUGCAGUGGGCUGGCUGGAGCUAAAGGAGGUGCAGAGAGCCCAGAGCCAACUGAACAAGUGUUUCAGCAACAUCACAGAGCCCUUCAAGAUCUGGGUGGAGAACUCAGAUGGGUCAGGAGCUGUGAACUUCUUGACCGGGAUGGGUGGAUUCUUGCAAGCUGUCCUCUUUGGCUACACAGGGUUCAGGAUCACAAGGUCCAGCCUCUGCUUCAACCCUGCCCUUCCCAAUGACAUCAACAAGUUGAACAUCACCGGUGUCUCCUACUUUGGCAACAAACUGAAGUUCACCAUCGCCAAAGAAGAGAUCAGGAUCAAAGUGAUCGAGUCUCACCAGGACCCUCUGGCACCUCCCUUGGAAGCUGUGCUGGAGGAGUCGGGGCAGCGGUUUCCCCUGCGUGAAGGGCAGAGCAUCUCUAUCCCCAUGGCGGCCGGCUGGAUUCAGAAGUCAUCCACUGAGAUAUUUUAA